AUGCCUGAAUCCUCGGCGGCCUCGAAGCUGUCGCAAGGAUCCUCAUAUAAACCAGGCUUAUUUCCUUCCCUACGACUGCGACAUCAUCGUUAUUCUCAGGAAACCAGAUCUGCUGACACAAAUAUGAAACAUGACGCCCCAAGCGAAAUGGAACUGUCGAUGGAUAUGGGCAGUCCUCACGAGCUAUUUCAGGCUCAGCCACAGAGCUAUACCUCUAUGGAGUUUACUGACCAGGACGACGAGGUCGAUCUCGGGUCUCCUGAAUCUGGGGUAAGUCUCAGUGAUACCAUUCUAGAUAAGAUGACAAAACUACGACAGCAAGCGAGUACAGAGUACGUGGCCAAGGAUCCAAAAAACAAGAAGUUCAAGUACCUCGACAUGUACGAGGAUAUUGCUCGGGCUGGUCCCCAGGAUAGCGCAUCUGUGUUUGAGCUUUCCGCUCUAGAUGACUUCUCCCAGUAUGUGAAAAGGGCAGAGCUCAACGAUUACAUUCUGCAGCAACUCCGACAGAACAAGCUCAAGCAGGAUGAGAACAUGCUCUCGAUCGUGCAGCCGUCCGAUCUAGAGAAUAAUUUUUACUCGUUUGGAAAUGACGAGUCUACCAGCACACCUCUGAAGGUAGGCUUCAAGUUUAAGGCGCCAUGGAAUAAUAAUACCGACAGAGAGAAGAGAAUCCAGAAUGACUCUGACGUUUCCGAGCUACGGGUCGCAGGCGACAACUUGGAAACUAGCUCUAGUGGUGAACAUAGUGGGCGCUUUCUUGAGCGUAAGCUCGAAGUACGACACUUACAGAUGAUAUCUUUUGGAGGCACCCUUGGAGUUGGGUUGUUUUUGAACUGCGGCAAGGCUUUCACGAUCGCAGGCGGCUUUGGUACUACUCUUGCUUUCAUCAUAGUUGGAGUGAUAGUGCUAGCCACACUUGUGAGCUUUUGUGAGAUGGUCACUUUUGUUUCCGUCGUCGACGGUGUUUCCGGAUUGAACUCCCGUUUCGUGGAUGAGGCGUUUGGCUUCACCACAGGGUGGCUAUAUUUCCUUAGUUUCGCCUUAGGGCUAGCAGGUGAGGUAGUGGCAGCCGUGAUUCUACUAAGCUACUUCCCUGAUUUGGAGAUUACUCAAAGUAGGGGCUCUACCGUGGGCUUUGUCACACUCUUCUUGCUAUUCUGCUUGUUGAGUAACUUAUUCGAUGUCAGGGUGUUUGGCGAGAUCGAGUACUGGUCGAGUGUGAUUAAGAUGGUGGUGACCCUCAUUAUGAUUAUCGUAAUGAUUGUGAUCAACCGUGGCGGGCUUGGAAAUCACGGCACCGUUGGCUUCACUUAUUGGGACCGACUGGCGUCAGAUUGGGAACACAAUUUGAUAUUUGGUCUCUUUCGUCCAACAUUCGACCUACAAGACGAUGGAAUGUCGGCCGAAACAGAGGGUAUAGGAGGCGACCUUGGUCGUUUCAUGUCACUCUUGACCGCAAUCGUCAUUGCAGCGUACUCCUAUAGUGGCACAGAGAUUGUGUGUAUCGCUGCCUGUGAGGCAAAGAACCCAAGAAAGGCAUUGCCUUCGGCUACGAGAAGAGUUUUCUGGAGAAUCCUCAUUUUCUACGUCAUUGCUGUUUUUGUUGUCUCGCUAAACAUUUACGCCGGUGAUCCCAGAUUCUUGCGUUACUACUCAGGCACGACUGGCGUCAACCCCAAUACUUUUGACGAUAAUUACGCUGUGCGUUACGUUGGUGGUAACAACUGCCAUUUGCCAUCGCAGGUUAUUGGAGGUGUUGCCAACGGCUCACAAAGUCCAUGGACCGUGGCCUUCCAGAGUGUGGGACUCUGCAACUGGAGUGCCGUUCAAAACGGCUUCUUGGUAUUCUUUGCCUUAUCGUGCGGAAACGCUCAGUUGUACGUUUCCUCCAGAACCGUCUACUCAUUAGCCCUCCAACGUAAGGCCCCCGCAAUUUUGAUGAAUUGCAACCGCUUCGGUAUCCCUUACUAUGCGGUGCUUCUAUCCUUUGUCUUUGGUCUCCUCGCCUACACCUGUGUGUCAGAGCUGGCAACGCUAGUUUUCCAGAACCUCACCAGCGUCAUCUCCUCAUCGGGUGUCUUUGUCUGGUUUGCAAUCUGCCUUUCAUUCAUCAGAUUCUACUACGGCUUACGAAAGCGCCCCGACAUAAUCGACAGGAAUGACAAGUCUUACCCAUACAAGUCGCCCCUUCAGCCGUACAGUGCGAUUGUGGGGCUUAUAGGGUCUGCCGUGAUUCUCCUAGCCAUGGGAUACGUGGUUUUUCUUGACGGACAAUGGGAUGUCAUGUUCUUUUUCUCGAGUUACGGCACCCUUAUUCUCGUGGCCGUGCUUUAUCUUGGCUACAAGGUCAUUAAGGGUACGCGCAUUCUCAGCUUGGAAGCACUCGACUACGACUCCGGCAGAAGGGAGCACGACAUCUACAUUUGGGACGGAGGAAAGGAGCAUGAUGUCCGCAACUACAAAGAGUGGCCCCGUCGCGUGCUUAGCCAUUUGGCUUAA